AUGAAGUCUCGGGAUACUUUCCAUGAUGUGGCUUUGGUCUCAAUUACUGUUUCAUUUAUCGCUUUGACUACUAUGAUUUUGGCAGUUCCAAUGCUGAUUUCAAAAACUGAUAGUGUUCUUGUUGAAAUGUCUUUGAUGUCCGACUCUGUAAAGGUAUAACUAAAAUAAUGAGAAAAUAUAAAUAUGCGUUAUUGUUCAGGCGAAAUCAGAUAUUGUUUGGAAUGAACUUGUCGAAAUUACCCGUGGAGUAUCAAACCCAGUUGCUGGAAUUCAAUACUUCUCAAGAAAACCAAGAAGUAACUGGAUGGGUGGAGCAUUCUGCAAGGGUUGUUUCAUGCUUUCUUGUCCUCAAGGACCUCCAGGACCACCGGGAGCUCCUGGACCUGACGGACAACCCGGAGAUGCUGGAAGACAAGGUCGUGCUGGAGAUGAUGGAUUUGAUAUUCAGCCAGAAUCAGAGCCAGAAUUACCAUGUGUUAUUUGCCCAGCUGGACCACCAGGACCACGUGGAGCUCAAGGAGAAAGAGGAAUGACUGGAAAUCCAGGUUAUUCUGGACUUCAAGGACCAAAUGGUAUGGAAGGUGUUGAUGGGCAACCAGGUUUGCCUGGAUUACCAGGACCGAAGGGAGAUAAGGGACCACUUGGCCCACGUGGAGAGCAAGGAGAUACUGUUGUUGCUGGAGUUGGUAUCAAAGGCCCAGUUGGGCCACCAGGGCCACAAGGAAUGAAAGGGCCUCCAGGGCCAGGAGGAAAAGGAUCAAAUCAACCAGGACAACCUGGACAACCUGGACCAGUUGGAAUUAUUGGAAAGACUGGAAAGAUGGGAGGCUACGGAAUGGAAGGACCACCAGGACCGCCAGGAGAUCCAGGAAUGCCAGCAUCUUAUUGUCCAUCAGAUUGUGGAGUUCAACCAAUUCUCACUGAAAUGUUCCCAACACCAUUCACACCAAUUGCUGGAUAUCAACAACAAGCAUCGCGACCAGCUGCACAACCAAGACAAGAAUAUGCUGAACAACCAACACAAGCCAGUUCUCAAAAUGCUGCUGAAGCUUAUUCUAAUAGAAUGCAUGAUUUCCAAGAUUUUGAGAGAAGAUGGCGUCGCAAACUUCUUCAAAAACGUUUGAAAAUGAUGAGACGUCAUUAA